AUGGAUCCCUCAAAUCUACCCGCCUUUCAAGACGAUGGCGCCAUCAAACCCAUCACCUGCGUCGAAAUGCACACGGCCGGCGAGCCAACCCGCAUUCUCUGGUCCGGCUUCCCCAAAUUGACAGGAACGCUCAUGGAGCAACGCGCCCAGGCGAAGGCGCAAUCAGACGAAUUCCGUCGUCUUCUCAUGUUGGAGCCGCGCGGUCAUUAUGAUAUGUACGGCGCCAUUCUCUGUGCUGAGACCGAGCUGGUGGCGGCAGGAAAGGCGGAUAUCGGCGUCUUGUUCACGCAUAAUGAAGGGUUCUCGACUAUGUGUGGACAUGCGACGAUUGCUCUUGGACGGUUUCUUGUUGAUGUUGGUGAGUCAGUCUUCCCGCGCCGGGGUCAGUUGAAGUAUGAUAGUGCUUCUGGCACGACUCAUCUCAAUCUGCAUGUUCCUUGUGGACUUGUCGAGGUUACCGUGCCCACCCUGCCAACUGGAAAGUCGGAUCCCUCGCAGCCGGUGUCGUUUGUCUCGGUUCCGUCUUUUGCAACUGCGACCUCUCUGGAGGUUCAGCUGCCAGAGACGCAUCGGUGGCCGGAACUAAAAGGCCGGACUUCGGUGACGGCUGACUUUGCCUAUGGCGGAGCAUACUACUGCCUGAUUAGCGCCGAAGAGUUGGGCUUCCCUAAGGGACUGGGGGAGGUCGAGCUGCAAGAGAUGGACAAUGCAACACGACUCCUGAAGGAGGUCAUUAGCUCCAACCCGGAUCUCGCCUACCUGACUCGAGAUAUUGUCACCGGCGAGCAGGGGUAUCUGUAUAGCAUCAUGAUCACAGACAUGCGACUCGGUCACGUCAACGCUGCGGAGGGCACAGCUGCUUUCCGAGCACAGCAGAGAUCUGAUAGUGAGGAGACCGGCCUUUGCUUCUUUGCCAAUCAGCAGAUCGAUCGGUCUCCAACAGGUGGGUGCGUCGCGGCGCGAGUGGCCCUCGCGCACGUCAAGGGGACCUUGUCAACGGGUGGAAAGCGCAUCUAUAACUCGUUAGUCACUCGUGCUCACAAGCCGCUUUCGGGUUUUGUUGGGUCCGUUGCAAACAGUGAGCAAGGUCGUCCGUGGGUGAAGGUGCGGGUAGAGGGAUAUGCCUACUAUACUGGAUAUCACAAUUUUGUGGUUGAGAAGGAAGAUGGACUAGGUGUGGAUGGAUUCUCGGUCAAGGAUAUUGCCAUGUAA